AUGCUGACUAUCCCCCGCUUCCUGGGAAGCUGCACAUUUGUAGUGACAUCCGAACUGGAGAUGAGGCUCAAAGCCUUCUCGUGGGCUCAUAGAGCCAAAGAUGAUGCCGAGGGUGGCGAUGCAGCAACAUCCAUCAACGGCCGUCGCGUAUCCAAUGCUGGCCCCCGGGUCUUCCCACGAGUGCUGAAUAUGCUUUCACCUUUUCGCAAGUUCAAGCCGCUUACCCAGCAUCGAGGCCGAGAUAGUCACCGCGCCUCCCUGACCAUGUCUGUGAUCCAUGUGUCCAUCGACGCGAAGCCGCCUGCAAGACACGACGGGCAGGAAAGUCGUAAUGGAGCGAAGCGCACAAACACCUCCGCCGCCCAGACAUGUGAGGACCAUACUGCUGCUCCUGGAAACUGCCCUCGUACCCAUAGAGCGAGCGAAGCAUCUGCUGCCUUCACAAACCUUGAAGCCGUUCACCCUGACGAAUCACACCGAGCGGACGACGGCCAGAUACAGGCCCGUAGCCGCAAGGCUUCGGACGAGGACACCCUCAAGCUUCACGAUCGAGUCUUCUCACCCGGCCAGAGCCGCUCUUCUUCAUGGGAAACUUGGGUUGAUAACGUUGUGCAUCGAGAGACGGACAGCGAGAACCAUGCGUCGCACCAUCGUGCCCGCUCCGUCUCAGUCAACUCCACCGGAACCAUCAUUCGGUACGGCAACAGCAGUCUCAAGGCUGACGUUCACUGCUCCGAGUCCACUGGUGCCACCCUGAACUCCCCUCGCUCUCUCGAGAAUGUUUGUAUCAAUCCCCCUUCCCAGAAUGGGACGCAUGGUCGGGUCUCAAGCAUGGAACAGCUGAUGCAGAGCCAGCUCCUCGAAUCUUGCCAUGAGGGGGCUGGCAGCACGACAUAUGAGUUUGACCUCGUCGGUGAGAUUGAUGUUCGCAACUGCCACGAGGCGGUCCUCGACGUCGAUGAGUAUCGCAGUCAGGCCAUCUUUCAGAAGAUUCAUGCCGAUAUGGCUGAUGGAGUGACUCCGCGCGUUCAGACGAGCAAUGACGACGAGCGCGGCGAGGGUGAAGAGUCAUUCGACACGGUUUCUGCAGACUGUGACCUCGAGGUUGCCAUCAAAAAGUCGGUCUCUGCCUACCUUGAGUCUCCCGAGGCAAAUCUGGCGAGUCAAGUCGAGUUCAUGAACAAUGAGGAUGAACUCAACUAUGAAGAAGGAAGAUACCAACACCUGAAGAGCACCAUGGGCUCAUAUAUCACAGAUGAGGACCACAGCCCGUCUGAAUACUCAAGCCAGGGAGAACCCCAAGGACCCGAUACAUCGGGAGACACGAUUGGAGAUACAUUCCAAGUGGGAGACUGCGGCAGUUCUCACCAAGGUCAUUUCUACCAGACUGAUCUGUCACCCAUCCCCGAGUUCCCAACCCCAUCACCAAGUCCUGCUCAUCCCCGUUGCCAAGGCCCAGUCAGAGCACCGCCGCGCAGCGCCUUGAACAAGGAAACUUUCCACGACUGGACCGUAGACACCAAAGACCUGCACCUCGUCCCUUCUUCGCUCAAGAGCCCUCUCUUGCGCCCGCCACCGAUCCCUCCCCGCGGAUCCUCUCGCACACUGCCAACCCCUGGUCAAUCAAGCCACUUGUCUGGACGCCUACACCAGUUCCACACGUCUCCCAGCACCGAUCAACCGUCCACUCCAGAGCAGGAGCGUUCUUACUUUGACUUUGACGACUCGCCAUGCUCCGACGGCCGUGUCUGCGCAGCGUCGUCCGGAGCGCGCACCCUCAUCAGGGGCUUGAAGACGUUCUUUCAACAGGACACAGAGCCCACGCGCCAACCGGCUGCGGCCCCGACCCUUCGACGUACUUUUCGCCGUUUCUUCUCCAAGCGUGAGCCCGACGACGCAGGAACCAGCACCUGCCCGGCCCUGAACGAGGCCGUGGCUCAUGUUCGCUCUGCGGCCGAUACCGAGUAUACCGACUACGGCACCCACUACCCCGUGCUCACCACCACAUGUUCGGCCGGAGCAUCUCAGGAUCGGCAGCUCGCAUCUUUCCCCAGCUUGGCAUGCCGCGACUCUUGGGCCUCUACGGUUCAUUGUGCAAACCACCCACCCGGGACGACCUCGCGCGUCUUCGAAGAGAAGAUACCUGCGGGCUGGUUCUGA